CGCCGCUUCCGGGAGAUGGGCGGGCGCCGCGCGGGGAUUGGCUGGGGCUGGCGCGGGCGCGCGAUUGGCUGGUUCGAAGGCGACGGCGGCGGCAGCAGGAUGGUGGCGGCGGCGGAGGUGUCGCGCGCGCUGGAGGGGUGGCGGUUGCGUGACGUCAGCACAGCCUGGGUGAACACAGUCUGGGAUCUAGAUUUCACAGAGACUGAACCUCUGGAUUCCAGGAUAGAAGAGGGGAUCACAGAGGAGGGACUUGAUGCUUUCACCUGGCUAUACCAGUCUCUCUCACCUUUUGCUGCUGAGGCCCGUGAGAAUACAGAAAGUAUCUGGACCUUGUUUGCUGAAAACAACCUUUCUCAUAAUGCUCUUGUGGCCGUGCUGCACCACUUUGUCCAUGUGGGCCAGGAUAAAAGAGCUAAUGCACAGCAGCGGGUUUAUGCUCUUCAGGCUGCUGGGUUGUACUUCUUACUGCUUGAAAUUCCAGGCAGUGUAGCUAACCAGAUGUUCCAUCAAGUGAUGUUUGAUAAAUGUCUUCAAACGCUAAUAAAAAGCUGGCCUCAAGAACCAAAUCUGAUGAGGAAAAGGAAAAAGGCUGAUGCUCAAAGCUCUCAGGCCAAUGCAAGAAGAAAUAGAAAGAAAGGAAAACCAAGUGGAAAGGAGAACUCCAAUAUGGAAGGGAUUUUUGGAGAGGAGGAAGAAGAGGAGGAGGAGGAUCAUGAAGAGGUUUACUUUUCAACUCAAGAUCGUCUUCAAGUUCGCAAGUCAGUCUUCCUUCUGCUGAAAAACUUUUUAAGACUUCUACCUAAGUUCUCCCUGAAAGAAAAACCUCAGUGUGUGCAGAACUGCCUGCAGAUCUUUGUGGAAAUGACAAGCUUUGAGCCAGCGGUACAUGAGUUCGAGUUUCCAGCAACAAUGAGUGUUAAUCAAGCAAAGUACAUCCCCGAGCUGGCCUACUAUGGACUGCGAUUACUGUGUUCUCCUCUACAUGGUACAGAAGAUAAGAUUCUCCGUCGUGUCUUCCAACGAAUCCUCAAUGUCAUUCUUAUGCUGGAAGGUGGACGCGGUUCCAGACGCACAGUCCUUGCAAUCACAUCACCCGUGAUCAGCGCCAGGAAUCAGGCUAUAAAAUUCAUCAGUUCUGUGGUAGAGGAGCUGAAAGAAGUUGCUUUUCCUGUACUUCGAAUAUUACUGCAACACAUUUGUACCAAGGUCCCAGAUAAGGCUGAUUAUCGCACAUAUGCUGCACAGGCCUUGGUGAAUUUGCUGAAUAAACUCCCUUGUAUAGAGUUUGCUGACUUCAUUGCCUGGCUUUAUAAAUACUCACACAAUGCCAAAAUUUCCUACAGAGUGUUUGCCCUUGAUGUAGCUUUAGCUUUGUUGGAUGUGCCGGAGAGGAAAUUGGAUAGCUCCUUGUCCCUGGACCAUGAGAAGUUUCUAAAGCAUAAGUUUUUAGUACAGGUCAUGGUGUUUGGCCGGUGUUCCGACAAAGCACCCGCGGUUCGUAGCAAAGCUUUAAGCAGUUUUGCACACUGUCUGGAAAUGAAAGCUUCUACUACCUUGGAAAGUAUACAGGACUUACUACAAAGCUCCUCUGACCAUGCAGUCUUGGAAGCAAACACAAACACUGCGAGUAUGAUGGUCGACGCAGAAGGUCUGUCCAACCAUCCACUGAAGACCCUACCAACUUUCAAAACUAUUGAGUUGACAGACAGCAGUGAUAGUGCUGUGCUUGAUGGAAAAGAGAUCAUGGCCAUGCUGAGACUGAGAGCAGGGGAUGAGAAGACCAAUGUGAGGAAAUCUGCUCUCCAGGUUUUUAUGAGCAUCCUGAAACACAAUGUGAUUCCUUGUACUCCAGAAGACUUGUCUACCCUUCAAGAUCGUUGCCGGGACCCUGCUAUUACUGUACGGAAACAGGCCUUGCAGUCUGUGACGGAGCUGCUUGUGUCUCAGCACGAUAAUGUUCUGGUACGGAAGGCCUGGUUAAGUGGAGUGGUGCCUGUUGUGAUGGACACGGAAAGUUCUGUCCAAGAAAAGGCCUUGGAUUGUCUUGAUCAGCUCUUGUUGCAACAUAUAAAGCAUUAUAAUAAAUUCAGUAGUGAAGAUGAAAAGCAGAUUCUAGCGUGGGAGCUCCUUACCCUCUUGACUUCAGAAAGCCAGGAGCUGUGCCGUUAUUUGAACAAAGCUUUUCAGAUUUGGUCCAGGCAGAAUAAAUUCUCUUCCACCUUUAUCAAUAAUGUAAUGUCCCAUGUGGAAACAGAGCACGCUGUACCAGCUUGGAUGUUGCUUGCCAAGGUGGCAGGUUCUUCACCCAAACUGGAUUAUUCCAAGAUCAUUGAAGCCUGGGACAAUAUGAGCAGGCAGCAGAACACAAGCACUGAUACUACGGGACACAUCCUGUGUGUCAUCGGUCAUGUUGCAAAGCACCUCCCUAGGAGCACCCGUGAGAGGCUGAUCGAUAAUAUCAAGUGCUGGCUGAGGGAGUUGCAGUGUCCCCUGGAGGUGAUUAGCCCAGCUGUAGAAGCUCUGCAGAAGCUCUGCCAUGCGUAUGCAGAUGUCCCAGAGGAGGCACAGGAGCUGCUCAACCAGGUGUGUGGAGAUAUAGUAUCCACCUGUGAAAGCUAUAUUUCAAAUAUAGUCCUCAAAAAGGAUGGAGCAGAGCAGCUACAAGAAGAUCUCUUGGUGAAACAUCUCUUCAUUUUGGGUGAGGCUGCACAGUUGUGUCCGGCCAAAGUGGAGAAACGCAUCUUUCUUUUGAUUCAGUCCAUUCUGGCUUCUUCAAUCAACGUGGACCAAUUGUCCAGUUCUCUAGAUGGUGAGGAAAUUCCAGCUUCUCAGCCGUUGUCCCAGUUCAGAGGAUCAACCAUGCCUCCAGUGGUCAGAGCUCAUGCAUUCAUUACUCUGGGUAAAUUGUGUUUGCAGCAUGAGGAUCUGGCGAAGAAAUGCAUUGCAGCUCUAGCUCGAGAACUGGAGGUGUCAGAUGAUGUGGCCAUUCGCAAUAAUGUUAUCAUUGUUAUGUGCGAUCUAUGCGUCCGCUACACCACCAUGGUGGACAGAUACAUUCCUAACAUUUCCAUGUGUCUGAAGGACCCAAAUCCCUUCAUCCGUAAGCAGACGCUGAUCCUGCUUACCAACCUUCUGCAGGAGGAAUUUGUGAAAUGGAAAGACUGUCUGUUCUUCCGGUUUGUCAGUGUCUUGGUGGAUCCAAAUCCAGAUAUUGCCAGGUUUGGGGAAUUCUGCCUGGUGCAUCUCUUGCUGAAGAGGAAUCCAGUAAUGUUCUCCCAACACUUCAUUGAGUGCAUCUUCCAUUUCAAUAGCUAUGAGAAACAUGAGAAGUACAACAAGUUCCCCCAGAGUGAGCGGGCGAAGAAUCUCUUUUCUCUGAGGGGAAAAGAUAACAAAGAAAAAAGGAUGCAUAUCUACAAGUUCCUGCUAGACCACUUUACAGAUGAGCAGAGGUUCAGCAUUACAACAAAAAUUAGCCACAGUAUUCUAGCAUGCUUUGUGGAUAAGGUACUUCCACUGGACCUGGAAGCCAGUGAGUUGCUGUCGGAUACAUUUGCCAUCCUUAGUUGCAAAGAAAUCAAGUUAUCAACUAUGAGAUCGAAACCCGAAGAAGACAUGCAGCCUGAUGAAGAUGAAAUGGCAAUGGCCAAUGUGGUUAUGCAGGCAGCACAAAAAAAGCUCAUCUCACAGGUUCAAAAGAAAAACUUCAUAGAAAACAUCAUCCCAAUAAUCACUUCACUGAAGUCUUUGAUGGAGCAGAAGAGGAUCCCAGCUCUCAGGGACCUCAUGAACUAUCUGCGGGAAAUGAUGCAAGAUUACCGAAAUGAAAUCAAAGACUUCUUCGCUGUGGACAAGCAGCUGGCAGCUGAGCUGGAGUAUGACAUGAAGAAAUACGAAGAGCAGCUGGCAAGGGAGAAGGAAUCUGACCAAGACCAGGUCUCGGCAGCGCAGGCGGAGGUUGUUGGUGCCAUUUACUCCGUACAGCAACCCCCGUCUUUGGAGACAGCUGUACCUUCUAGUGGCUGGAAUAAUAACGCUCAGUCUCCCGUUACUGGGAGACAGUCCUCGCCGUCUGGAUCACAUCUCUCCUCUGUGUCUUCUGAGUUUACUACACCUCAAGCUGAUGUGCUGAAACUGCCAUUACUUAGUCGCAGGCCAGUGUCCUUGAGCACACUUGCCAUCCUGAAUUCAGCCAGGAAAGCGAUGGAGGCUAGAAGCAAGCAACGCAGUAAGAGUGUUGGAGAAAAUUUAUCGACUGUAUCUUUUCCGUCAAGCACAACUGGCAGCAAGCAAGGAUCCUUUCAAAGCCUGAAUCAACAGUCUACAGGAGCGAACAUUUCUGUGGUGGGCCGUGCAAUCAGCACACCAGAACAGACCAUUAACGACUUGACUUUCGGUGCGGGGGUCAGUUACAUCAGCUUGACGCACACACCCGGUUCGGCUACAGAGAGGAAGGAGGCUGAGGACCAGCCAAGAGAUGUUAUCUGUUUGACAUCACCGGAGAAACCACCAUCCCUGCCCCGGGAGUGGAAAGUAGAAUCUCCAGCAAUGAAAAAAAGCAAGCAACAUGUCCCGCUGAGACGGUCCCAGCGGAGAACUCCUCUGAAACCAGACAACCAGUCCUUUCAAUGAACCCUUGUACAGAAUCCUCAUCAUGUUGUCUGAAAUCUAUCCCUUUUCUCUGUGAUUUAUAAAUCACUGUGGACACAUGUCUUUCCUUCCUUCCAUAUCUAUUUUUAUUCGUUUUUUACAUGAAAUUCUGGAGUAUGGACUUGCAAAGCUUGCAUUAACGCACGUAUAUGUAAUAAGCUGCUGCUCGCUGGAGUGCUAAAAAGCUCCAGUACAAAAAGGCGGCUUUCUGUUCCCUCACAGGAUGUAUAAUUUGUCCAUUUGGAAAAGUAAGAGCAUAGUGCUGCCAUGAGCUUAGCAAUGAAUGUGUUUAUCACAGCUUGCAGGGAAGUGAGUGGCUCAGCUUAUUCACUUGAUGCCACGUUGUCCCUAUUGAUGAUACACUAUAGUUGCUUUAAUUUUAACAAAGGUAGAACAGCUUGUCACUGCCACACCCCUAAAUCUGGUAAUUGCACUCUACCGCAGGUCUUAUUUGUUGUGCAAACUCCUCUGUGUAUGAACAACGUCAGUGUUUGCUUUUAAAUGGAAUAUUUCCAUUUGUGAACUAUGUUAUUUCCAAAUAUUAAAAUUUUAUGAAAAUAAAUGGUUAGAGAAUUAAUUCCA